GCGUUGGUUUCUUCCCUACAAAGAAUCAUUUGAACUUCCCACCGCAGAGCUAGAGCGACAUAAAUAGUUCUGACAUGUGGAUGUAAUUUCAGAAGAGGAAAAAAGACAGAUGCAGAGAAAUAAAGAGAGCAGACUGAGCCGGAGCAUAUAGUAGAUUAUAGGAAAUUAAAUCGAGGGCAGAGCGAGGCGAUUACAGAGUUAUGAUUUCACAAGCCAUCAUAAGCAUCGAGAGGCCAGAUGGAGUAAAAGAACACAACUCGUUCCACUUUGAAGAGAGUUAAGUAGAUUAAAUAAUUUCAUCCGAGCUCCAUCAGCAUCUGUCUGAGCCCCGCAAGGACUCUUGGAGGUAGAGUUGCCUCAGGUCAGGGAUGGGAUCCUCUCUGCUGCUCCGCAAUCUGGACUUUCUACUCAUCUCUCUACUCAGCGGUUUGUGCCUGGUUUAUGCCGAUGAUGUGGUGACGAGAGAGGAACAGAUAGAGUUGUUGUUCAAAGCCAAGCAAAAAUGUGAGGAUGACAUCAAGGCAAAGCACAGGAUUCUUGAUGGUUUCUGCUCACCAGAAUGGGAUGGCAUUGUUUGUUGGCCUGAAGGGCCUCCUGGAAAGCUUGUAUCCACUGUCUGUCCAGUGUAUAUCUAUGACUUCAACCAUAAAGGACUAGCAUACCGUCGGUGUGACAACAAUGGAACAUGGGAGCUGGCAGCAGCCAACAAAACAUGGGCCAAUUAUAGUGAAUGUGCAAAAUUCCUCUCCCAUUACAACCAAAGCUAUGAAAAGGAGGUCUUUCACCGUCUGUAUCUCAUUUACACGGUUGGGUACUCAAUCUCUUUGGGAUCACUCAUGGUGGCUGUCGUCAUUUUAGGAUAUUUUCGACGGCUACACUGUACCAGGAACUACAUCCAUAUGCACCUAUUUGUGUCCUACAUGCUACGAGCUAUAAGCAUUUUUGUGAAAGAUGUUGUUCUCUACUCUGGAUCAACAUUAGAGAACAUGGAAAGAGUCACAGUGGAAGACCUCAAGUCUAUUACUGAAGCUCCACCAGCCAACAAAACACAGUUUAUUAGCUGUAAGGUGGUUGUGACCUUGUUCCUGUACUUCCUGGCAACCAAUUACUACUGGAUCCUCGUGGAGGGUCUCUACCUCCACAGUCUCAUUUUUAUGACAUUCUUCUCUGAUAGAAAGUACCUCUGGGGAUUUACUCUGAUUGGAUGGGGUGUACCAGCUGUGUUUGUAACCAUUUGGGCAACUGUGAGAGCCACAUUUGCAGACACAGAGUGCUGGGACUUAAGUGCAGGCAAUUUGAAAUGGAUAUAUCAAGUGCCUAUCCUGGUUGCAGUAGUGAUUAAUUUUCUGCUGUUCCUGAACAUCGUUCGAGUCUUGGCAACUAAACUACGGGAAACAAAUGCUGGAAGGUGUGACACCAGACAACAGUACAGAAAGCUGUUGAAGUCCACUCUGGUGUUGAUGCCUCUGUUUGGUGUCCACUACAUCAUAUUCCACGCCAUGCCGUAUACAGAGGUGUCUGCAAUUCCAUGGCUGAUCCAGAUGCAUUACGAGAUGCUGUUUAACUCCUUCCAGGGAUUGCUAGUGGCAAUUAUAUACUGCUUUUGCAAUGGAGAGGUGCAAGCUGAGAUAAAAAAGUCCUGGAGCAGGAGAACUCUGGCCCUGGACUUCAAAAGAAAAGCUCGAAGCGGCAGUAACACUUACAGCUAUGGACCUAUGGUAUCACACACCAGUGUUACCAAUGUCACUGCCAGAGGACCGCUGGCCCUCCACCUCACCACGAGGCUGGGACCGGUGCCUGUGAAUGGGCACAGGAAUCUCCCUGGGUAUGUGAAAAAUGGCUCCGUGUCAGAGAACUCUAUACCUUCAUCAGGACAGGAGCUCCACCUUCCUGCCGAAGAACCUUCUGCCCAUACACGGCCUUGUGAGGAUGAAAAACCCUCGCCUGUGGUUGAGGAAGAGAGGGAGACAGUCAUGUGACUUGUAGGACACUGUCUUUGUCAGUGAAAAUUGAAAAAAAAAAAAAAAAAAUCAUGAAACAGUCUCAGGAUGGUCCGAAGGGGAUGGCUGCAUGCAUCAACACUGCCAGUUUUUCCUCCUGUGAAUUGAGCCAGAACAUUCCCGAGUUAUGAGGCUCAAAGUAGAAAGGCCGUAUCACUUUUGUGAGCUUAUUCUAGAGAUGAUGACUAACAUUGUUGCAGCAAAUAACUCUUUCAACAACCACCUGCAACACUGAAUGUGUAAAAUGUUGAGAACAGGACUGCCGUUUCUUAUUUCUUUUUCACUGCCAUGACUGUUGUUAUCUUUCAUUUCUGUUCCCUUUGGAAGCAAUCGUCUUGUGGUCAUUUUUUGUGCAUAAGUUAAACUGGGGAUUUGAAGUUACUGCAGUGGCCAAGAAAAGCCUUAAUCACCAAAGUAAGGCCAGGUGGGUACUGAAGGCCCUCAGGGGCACAAAUGUGGGCAGUUUAAUCAGGACAUUUUGGAUUACGCGUAUGUGUGGCUUAAAAACUAUUAAUCCUACUUGUUGAGACGUGUUCAUAUUUCCUGGUGUGGAAUCUCAUUUGUUCUGCAUUGGAUUAAAUCCACUUCAGUGUAAAAGGGAAGUUACUCAGGUAAUUGAAGUCCUCUGUUGUUGCACACCUAUUUUUAUACUGUUCAAGCGGUGUUUUAGCAUAGCGGGCAUUUCCCUGCAGAGGAUGCAAGUGUGUCAUAUAAGGUUAUUUUUUUUUUUUUUAUUUCUGUUUCUGUUUGCAAAAAAAACCCCCAUCCAGUAUUCAUCCCUCCAAUUCCUCAUAUUUUGAAUGGUUAAAAUGAAUGUACCAUUUUUCUUCUUUGUUUCUUUUUUGUCCACAUGAAAUCUUAUUACUCAUACAAUCAAACUAAAAGCACCAAAGUAAGAAUAUGUUUUUGCAGACAGCUUUUUUGGGGGGGGGUUUACAACAACUCUAUGAAACUCAGAAGAAAACUGGACCAUACGUUCUCAAAGCUGUCAAAAGAUGAAGCCCCAUUUAAAGACACACAGCGUAGGCAGCAGUCAAAUAUUCCAGUGGAAUAAUCAUUUAAGGGGGAAGUCAAGAGAGUCUUAAAUUCCCUUUGGAUUCCAAGAGUGACAUUUGUGAUAAUAUAGAAAAAAACUGAAAUUACUACUACGCAGUAUUUCUUACAGGUAGUCCAGUGUUGUGCUGCUUUUUGAUGUAUAUAGAAGUCAAGAUGUUUACAAAAAUCAGAAAUACAUUCUAAUUGUGAGCUUAAUGUGUUCAUCUGUAUGGAUAUGUUAUAAAGCUGUUUUGAUGUUUUGUUUUGUUUUUUUCACGUCUUGGUUUAUGGGAUGUUGGCAAUAUUUGGUUAUGUAUAUAGGCCAAAACAGAACUGUUGAAUAUCUUUGUAAUUUCCUAUACUUAGCCUGCAUGAUUGGCAGGGUAGCUCUCAUGAUAUGUUAUACCAAAGAGAAAAAGACAUGAUAAGCUGCCAGAGAAGAGGUUAUACUGCAGAUUUUAUUUGUAUUAUCCUCCACCAUCAUGUUUACAGUGACCAGAUUGUCUUAAUUUUGCAGUAAUAGCUUUUUUUUUCUUUUUUAAAAUCAAGUUUGUUUCAUGUAAAUAGCAGUAAAAGAUGCGUAACACUCACACAAAUUAACAACGGACUAAAGGCAAAUUUGCUGUUAAAUCCUUGACAUGGAUUUUUGACUUAACUAGGUUUCAAGAUCUAACAUUACCUUACAUAAUGAUUUUUAAUAUCAAAUUUUCAACUAGUAUGUGGCCAAAUUUCAACAUAUUCUGGAAUACACCACCAUUUAAAUGCAAGCACUCCUGUAAAGCUCUUUUGGUCAUUUCACACUUUCCACCUCUUUCUAAGUCCGUAAAAGUGUGUGCUUUAACUUAGUUCUAAAAACUAAAAGCCUGAUAUGUUCCAGUUACCGCCUACAAUACAAACUGGCUACAAUGUUUCCAGCAGAUUUAUAUUGCAUCUAAAAGAUCCAGUAGUAUCAGAGUGAAAUCAACUUUACAUACCGACUGUUGACCCAGUUAGCAAGUAUUUAAAGAAUGCUAAAAUGCUUCAUAUUUAUUAUUAUAUAUAAAAGACCAAAAAACCAACAAUGAUGAGCCAUGUGUUCACCAGGUGACGUUAUCCUUCAUAUUUCAGAUCAUUUAUCUGCGCUCUAUAUUACAGUAGCACAUCUAAUAUGCAAUUCACAGCUGAAAAUAGUCCCUGACAAAUACAUUACUCCUGGUUUGUUUUGUUUUUGUUUACCUUUGCUUGAAACUGUAGUUCUCAACUGCUUGUUCCAAAUUUUGCAACUUUUUUUUCUUUAAAUAGGAAAAUUAAGCUUAAAAUUUAAAACAAAUGAUCUUUGGCCAAAAAGAAAAAUGUAUGUUGUGCUAAUACAUCUUUUUUUUUUUUUUUUUUCUUUUCACAAAGCUUUUUAGGACUAGAGAGCUCCCAGCUGUUUUUGACAGUCAACCGGAGCAUUUUCAUUCAGCUCUAAUUAUGACUUGAGUGGUUGAGUGGAGUGACUACAAUAGUAAUUACAGGUGGCUGCAUGCCGCAGUGAUGAAAAUAGAAUAAGACAGGCUGAGGAAACCCUUUAUUGUCAUGCUACCGCACCUUGCUGCCACAGAUAUACAUUUUUUCAUUUAACUGUGUUCCUAUAAUGGAUAUUUACUAAAUUACUGACAAAAUUUACUGAAAUCUAGCCAAAUUUUUAAACCUACAGAGUGUACUAUGUUGUAUCAUCCAGUUUUUCACUCAGAGGUCGGGCAGUAUCAGAGCAUGAAAACCUUUUUAUUAAGAACACUUGGAAAAUUCUCUUUGAGCACUUUAAUACCCUAUAAUAUGGUGUUUUGUUCUGAUUGUAUUAUGUAAAAUGAUUGUGUUUUGGAAUCAAGUGUACAAUAAGGCCAAUAAUCCUAGAGCUAAGGUUGUAUUUCAUUGUAUCAAAUACCUCUCAUGGAAGUAUAAUGUGUAUUCCAUUGUCAUUUAUUUAUCUUGUGCUGAAAUGUACUCAGUGGACUUGACUUUAUAGUCGUCAUGCUUUAGAUACAGUAUUGUGGGCAGUGACACAUUUCACUCUCUCUUCACUCCUUUGUGAUGUAGGCAUGUUGUAUAGACACCGGUGUAAACUUCAGAUGAGAUUGGGGGUUGUUUUCUGAUCUCUAAUGUUCAUCAGCAAAUUGUGAAUAAGACAAUAAAUCUAAAAUUCUA